CUAUCCAGUAGUUGAUUCCCCUCGUCUAGCCUGCUGCUGUCCCCUCGUAUACACACAUACACGUAUAUACAUGCGGUGGUUCGACCCCUCGUACUGCAAAUAGGAAUAAUGCCCGGGUGGGCGGCGUGGGCGGCUGUAAUGGCGGCAGUGGGCGGUGUGGGCGGUCAUGGGCGCCAGCAUAAAGCCUAUCUCUAAACACAGAAGCAAUUCUUCAAUGGUGAUAGUUCCAUCUGGUCUUCUUGUCCAGCUGUUAGAUGUGAGUCGGGCACUACAGAAAUUGCUGCCAUCUGACCUGCCACUGACCUUACUGGACGUCACUCCUGAGGAAGUGUUAGCGAGGGCAGGGGAAGAGGGUCACAACCCCCUGCUGUCCCUGGCACUGCGCCACCAUGCCCUCCUGCAGCAGAGGAACGAGGAACUGCUGACACAGCAGGGGCGCUGCACCGCCCAACUCGAGGCCCUUCAGGAGGAUAAACAGGAGCUGCGUCUGCAACUCCAACAGUAUAAACGGCAGUUGCAGCUGUUGCAGAAGGGCAGGGGUGACCUCGUGCCCCCUCCCGAGGGGACUGGGACUGCCACCGAGCCCCCAGUAGGGGCUAAACCCCCCGGAAAGGAGGGGGUACAGGCGUGCCCCUGUAGGGACGACCUGACGGAGGAGGAACUGGAAGAGAGGAACUUUGUAGGGCAAGACUGUGUGUGUGGGAAUGUUACUGCUACACCACCCACUACACCCACUACUGAACUGCUGGGUACUGGUGCUAGAGUGAAGGACUGUGCUGGACACCAGAACGAGGGAGCUACAGAGAGUGGUAUAUAUGAAAUAUAUCCCUCUGAGUGUAGGGCUGUGAGAGUGUGGUGUGACCUCACAACAGACGGGGGAGGCUGGACUGUUUUCCUCAACAGACAGCAACAGGACAAACAGAUAAACUUCACCAGGACCUGGAAGGAGUACAAGAUGGGCUUUGGUGAUGUUGGAGCUGAGUACUGGCUGGGUAAUGAGUUUGUUCACCAGCUGACCGCCAAGGGUGACCAGGUACUAAGGGUUGAUGCUGAGGACUUCAACGGAAGUAAGCGUUGGGGCGUCUGGGGUCGCUUCAGAGUGGAAGAUGAGGCGCAUAACUACAAGUUACUAGCAGUGAUGUACUCGUCAAAUAGUACUCUGGGAGAUGGACUCCUGUGGCACAGUGGGAUGCAGUUUUCAACCAUAGAUAAGGAUAAUGACAAGCACAAAGGUAGUUGUGCCCACGAGUACAAAGGCGGCUGGUGGUAUAAUGUCUGCCACAACGCAAAUCCUACGGGAAUCCUUACGAACUCUGACGACUUCGACUCUGUUGGAUGGGUCUACUGGAGUCCAAGAGAGUACAAAUGGGCGAGUCUACGCUGGCUCCAGAUGAAGAUCCGGCCACCCAAUUUUGGGACUCCAGACCCGUCUGACGGUCCAGGAGAUUGUUCCAGUGACUAGUUAGUGUGAUCUUCACAGGACUCCUGACCCUUCUGACAGUCCAGGAGAUUGUUCCAGUGACUAGUUAGUGUGAUCUUCACAGGACUCCUGACCCUUCUGACGGUCCAGGAGAUUGUUCCAGUGACUAGUUAGUGUGAUCUUCACAGGACUCCUGACCCUUCUGACGGUCCAGGAGAUUGUUCCAGUGACUAGCUAGUGUGAUCUACCUUUGCUAGACUCCUAGCUAGUGUGAUCUACCUUUGCUAGACUCCUAGCUAGUGUGAUCUACUUUUGCUAGACUCCUAGCUAGUGUGAUCUACCUUUGCUAGACUCCUAGCUAGUGUGAUCUACUUUGCUAGACUCCCAGCUAGUAUGAGGUACCUUUGCUAGACUCCUAGCUAGUGUGAUCAACUUUGCUAGACUCCUAGCUAGUGUGAUCUACCUUUGCUAGACUCCUAGCUAGUGUGAUCUACUUUGCUAGACUCCUAGCUAGUGUGAUCUACUUUUGCUAGACUCCUAGCUAGUGUGAGGUACCUUUGCUAGACUCCUAGCUAGUGUGAUCUACCUUUGCUAGACUCCUAGCUAGUGUGAUCUACUUUUGCUAGACUCCUAGCUAGUGUGAUCUACCUUUGCUAGACUCCUAGCUAGUGUGAUCUACUUUGCUAGACUCCCAGCUAGUGUGAGGUACCUUUGCUAGACUCCCAGCUAGUGUGAGGUACCUUUGCUAGACUCCUAGCUAGUGUGAUCUACUUUGCUAGACUCCUAGCUAGUGUGAUCUACUUUGCUAGACUCCUAGCUAGUGUGAUCUACUUUUGCUAGACUCCUAGCUAGUGUGAUCUACUUUGCUAGACUCCUAGCUAGUGUGAUCUACUUUGCUAGACUCCCAGCUAUUGUGAUCUACUUUGCUAGACUCCUAGCUAGUGUGAGGUACCUUUGCUAGACUCCUAGCUAGUGUGAUCUACUUUGCUAGACUCCUAGCUAGUGUGAUCUACUUUGCUAGAUUCCCAGCUAGUAUGAGGUACCUUUGCUAGACUCCUAGCUAGUGUGAUCAACUUUGCUAGACUCCCAGCUAGUGUGAGGUACCUUUGCUAGACUCCUAGCUAGUGUGAUCUACUUUUGCUAGACUCCUAGCUAGUGUGAUCUACCUUUGCUAGACUCCUAGCUAGUGUGAGGUACCUUUGCUAGACUCCUAGCUAGUGUGAUCUACUUUGCUAGACUCCUAGCUAGUGUGAUCUACUUUGCUAGACUCCUAGCUAGUGUGAUCUACUUUGCUAGACUCCCAGCUAUUGUGAUCUACUUUGCUAGACUCCUAGCUAGUGUGAGGUACCUUUGCUAGACUCCUAGCUAGUGUGAUCUACUUUGCUAGACUCCUAGCUAGUGUGAGGUACCUUUGCUAGACUCCUAGCUAGUGUGAUCUACUUUGCUAGACUCCUAGCUAGUGUGAUCUACUUUGCUAGACUCCUAGCUAGUGUGAGGUACCUUUGCUAGACUCCUAGCUAGUGUGAUCUACUUUGCUAGACUCCUAGCUAGUGUGAUCUACCUUUGCUAGACUCCUAGCUACUGUUACCUUCACAUUCUUGAUUGCUAGCCAGGCUAGCAGGUCCUUUCAGAGCCAAAAUGUUACCAUCGAAAGCCCUUUCAGAAAGUGAAAUGUAGCCAUCAACAUUCUUUAUGAAGUUCAGUCUUCAGGGCAAGACGUGCCAUGUUUUGCUCUAUCCCAAACCCUUUCAGAGGGCGAAAUGUCGUCAUAAUAUGCAUAGCAUAGUCUGUGGAUACAGCUGCAUUUUGACUACCAAUGGUAUACCACUGGCUUGAAUUUAUAGAGAAUACUAACCUGAACUAAGUAGGAAUUCAAGCCACAAUACCCUGGCUUAGAUAUAUCAGAUACUAGUACUAGCAACAAGCCAUAAUUUCCAGGCUUAGAUCUGUCAGAUAUAGUGGAACUCCGGAUUUCGUACUUAAUCCGUUCCAAAAGGUCCGUCUAAAUCCGAAACGUAUGAAAACUGUAAUAAUAUUUCCCAUAAGAAAUAAUGUAAAUACAAUUAAUCCGUUCCAGACACCCAAAAAUAUUAACAAAAAAGGCAUUUUUUAAGGACUAACUCUAGUUUUACAUACAGAAAACAAUGAGAAAUAAAUAUAAAUGAAUAAUUUUAAUGAUAAAUGAAAAUUACAUACCUUUAUUGAAUACCUUUGUUGACUCUUGUUUGUGAUCUCUGUUUCGUUAGCAUAUUUACCCCUUUCGCAACUUUAGCUUCCUUGAUAUCUACUUUCUUUGCCAGGAUGGAACAGGUUGUUGAUUUCAACUUCCCAUACAUCCUGGCAAGCUCGUCUAAACGUACGCCACUUUUGCAUUUCUCUACAAUCUCUUGAAUUCUGUCAUGUUUCUCACCUUUACCAAAGGGCUGGCACUAGGAACUUUCUUUGGGCCUAUGGUGGCUAAUUUCACAGUCGCAAUUAAUAAACAAGCACAAAAAGUGUGAAAUGUUUCAGAUGAAUACUCACUCAACCAGUGACAGAAUCUUGUUAAAUUAAAUUUAUUGAGGAAACGUUUCGCCACACAGUGGCUUCAUCAGUCCAUACAAAGGAUAAACUUGAAGAACAGGAGGAGAAUGAGGUAAUCAGUCCCUCCCUUUCAAGUUUAUCCUUUGUAUGGUCUGAUGAAGCCACUGUGUGGCAAAACGUUUCCUCCAUAAAGAUACCCAAGAGUUGCACAUGUGUCUAAUUUAACAACGUGUCGGUUCUUUGAACCAUUCAUCUGCAGUGACAGAGUCUUACCGAGACAGUACUCAUGAGAGUGCCCGGGUGGGUGGACGCGUCUGAUACGCACAAUUUCCGGAUGGAGGUAUGAAAUUCAAACCAAAAUUUUGCCCAAUAAAGUGUUGUAAAUCUGAAUUAUAUGAUAUUCAUAGUGUGCAAAAACCAGAGUUCCACUGUACUAGCACUAGCAACAAGCCAGAUCUACCAGAUACUAGUAGGACUAGCAACAAGCCACAAUACCCUGGCUUAGAUUUAUCAGAUACUAGUACUAGCAACAAGCCACAAUACCCUGGCUUAGAUUUAUCAGAUACUAGUACUAACAACAAGCCACAA